AUGGACAUCCCAUUCACCUCCAUUAAACCAAUCUACCACCCCAAACCCACCCCCGAAUCUAAAUCCCAAUCCAUCCAAACAACCCUCCAAACCCUCCAUCUUCAACCUCACCCAGAGGGAGGCUACUACGCCGAAACAGACCGGCACCCGCUCCCUAUCCCCAAUCCACACAACAAAGACCAAAGCAACAACGACAGCAACACCGAUAGCAACACCCGCUCCCUCUCCUCAACAAUCUACUACCAUCUCAACCCCGACUCACCAACCUGCUUCUUCCACCUGAACCGCAGCCGCACAAUACACACUCUCCACCGUGGUCGGGCGCGGUACGUCAUUAUCCACGCGGAUUUGGCGACCGACAAUGGCACUGCGCCUGUUACUUCGUUCGUGGUCGGUCCGGAUCUAGACAAGGGGGAGAGGAUGCAGUGGGUUGUGGAGGGGGGGAAGUAUAAAGCUUGUUAUCUGUUGCCUGAUGACCCCUCGGAGAGCGGGGAUGGGGAGAGCGAGGGGUUGUUGAUUACAGAGACCGUUGUCCCUGGGUUUGAAAUCGAGGAUCACGAGUUCCUGAGCCCCCAGACGAUGGAGAGGCUGCUACCGGAGGAGCAGUGCCGAGCGCUGAGUUGGAUGUUGAAGAAGGAUGGAUGA